GAAUCUUACAAGUUAUCACUACUGUAUUAGUAAAUUUAACAUAACUCCGCGCAAUGGAAUGCCAUAUGAAAUGCUUUGCUCUAACUUUAUUCCUAACAGUUGUACACUGUUCACCACGGCCACAAGAUGACAAACAGAAUCAAGAAACGUUGCAACGCUUGCAAAAAUUUCUGACGAGCAACGAGUUUGACAAUAUCUUUUUAUCAAAAUAUAUGGAGCUCCAGUACAAAAUUGAGACAUGCAUCAAACUGUACGGUGCAAACGCAUCUUAUGACAUGAAUAAAAGAACUUGCUUUGUAUGCGGGGCUGAAGAUUGCGCAGACGACACUGUUUGCGCAGCACAAUGUAGAGAUUUGUUGAGAAUUUCUCAACUCGAAGCUAAUCAACGAAGAACUGACGACCGAAUAACCGACCUCAACCGAAAAUUUGCUGUGGCUCUUGUUUUUGGUUGUUUCAGCUUUAUCUUUGGCGUGAUUCUGAUACUCGUAGAAUGUUUUAAAUGUUACAAAGCAUAUGACCGAAGAGAACAACUCGAAUUUGAUUUAAUAAGCCAAAAGGAAGAAAGAGUAGAAAACUCUCGUGAAGAUGUCACACCGACUGCUCCAAGUCCACCAGCAGAAGAACGCGUUUUUGUGGAAGCCGAAGUAAACGAUGAAGGACGCUCUGUGGAUUAUGGAUUGUAAUACGACUCAAUGGCGCUGCGAGUGAAGAAGUGACACACGAUUGCGUAAAUGGCAACAAAUGGUUCUUGAUUUAACCG